AUGAGUACCAUUAGGGGCCUCCCACCAGAGGUCAGGGAACCAGGCCCUGGAGUGGAACUUGGGGUGGAAGAUGGCCUUCUUUGUCAACUAAUUCAUUCUCCAGAAUUCAACCUGUUCUCCGACUCAGUGGUGUUUGAAAGCAACUUUAUCCAGGUCACUAAGCCGGGGAACUGGAUGGAUGUCUGUGAAGGGUCUACCACUGUGAUCCUGGGGGUGACCUCCUCGGUGCCCUCCUUGCCACUCCCCAACGUCCUCCUGAUGGCCAAUGUCACCUGGCCCCAGGGUCAGUUGUCCACCUGGAACACACCUGCUAGUGCCCCAGUCAUCACCCUCAGCAGGAUUCUCCCCCUGAAGUACGUGGAGCUACGAAUCUGUGACCGGCUCCAACGCAUCCUGAGGGUUAGAACAGUGACUGAAAAGAUCUACUACCUGAGGCUCCACGAAAAACACCCAGAGGCCGUGUUUCAGUUCUGGAUCCGCUUGGUGAAAAUUCUGCAGAGAGGUCUGUCCAUCACCACCAAAGACCCGAGAAUCCAAAUCUCUCACUGCCUGGUGCCCAAGUUGCCCUGCAGCUCCACUGGAACAUCUGAAAGCAGCCUCCCGUCAUUCUCCCAGCCCAGCGGAAGCUCCAUGAUGUUGGCAGCCGAACAGACCAGUGACAAUUUCUUGAAUCUCUCAGGAAGGUCCCAGCUCACAGCAGACAGAAACACCGACACUGACAUUAAAAUACACAAUCUCAACAGCUGUGACAAGACACCCUCGCCAGUGGCAUCUGCAGUCCGUUAGAAC